CUGGCAGGCAGCACACUCAUCAUGUAUAACUGGCCAGCAGAUGUUAUCUUCCCAGGUGAGGAAUGCCAUGGCAAGGCAUCUGGGAAAGGGAUCUCAGACCUCACAUGUGCAGACUGUUCUAAGCUCAUUGCUGCACUUGUGGACACUAGCAAAAGCAAACUCUGCAUCCAGCACAACCCCAAAAACAAAAGUAUGUCCUCUGUCUUUUUAUGGUUGAUGAGUACUAAUGCAGCUAUAGCAAAUCUGCUCACAUCCAAGAGUCCAGUUAUCAUCAGUGCCCCACCAUCAUUUGACUCAAAACUGCCAAGGGGAAAGCAGAUCUUCUGUAGUCUUGAAGUUGACCACCUCAGACCAGCUCAACUCCUCAAUCGAUCUGCCACAUGCAUCAAGAAGACUAAGCUGAAGAAGGCCACACCUGCCAGAGGUGAU